GAUCAAUAGAAUUUUCACUGAAGCCAUAUGGCGUUAUUUUAAUGAGAAAUGCUGCCCUCUGCUGGACAUGAGAGGAGAGGAGGAGCAUUAGAUCAGACCUCAUGUGUUCCUCUCUCACUGUGUCUGAAAACACAGCACCAGACACUGACAGAAAACACUUGCUGUCAUGUGUUGAUCUGUGAGGUUUUACACUGAAUGAAGAUGAGUGGAGUUAGAUCUGAUGCAAUGAUUCAGAGAAGCUCUUCAGGACGAGGGAAAAUGUCUCUGUGGUUUCUGGUUCCCAUCAGUUUGCCUGUGUUCACACUGCCUGGAAUCUGGAUCAUAUAUGCGAUGGCCCUUUACAAUCAGCACGUUUGUCCUGUGAAUAACUGGGUAUAUAACUCAACCUGUGAGACGUCUUUGGUUCUUCAGAGCGGAUCUGAUCUGUGCUGCACGCUGGACAACAUCCCACUCAUCAGUAAAUGUGGCGGUGUUCCUCCAGAGAGCUGCUGGUUCAGUCUACUGUGCAGCACUGCUUCAUUCCUGGUGAUUGUGAUUGGUCUGCUGCGUUACGCUCAACUCAUCCAUAAGCACAGCAACAGCGUGUUGAACAUCGAGGGUCUGUUUGCCGGAUGGCUCUGUGCUGCAGGACUCAUGAUUGUGGGAAACUUCCAAGUGGACCAUGCUAAAGUCCUUCAUUAUGUGGGCGCGGGUCUGGCCUUCCCUGGCAGUCUGCUGUUUGUGUGCGUGCAGACGCUGCUUUCGUACCGCGCAGCCGAGACGCCGAGAGACUUCCAGACGGCUCAUCUACGGCUGACGCUCACCGCACUGGCCUUCACCACCCUCAUACUCAGCGGUGUGUUUUUCAUUCAGGAGAGUUUUGUUCUCCAGCACGCGGCUGCUAUAUUGGAGUGGAUGUUUGCCAUCAUCGUGCUGCUGUUUUACAGCUCCUUCUCGCUCGAGUUUGGCUCCAUCUCUUCAGAAACACUCGCCGCUCUGAUGACGAGACGAGCCGGCGCGUCUGAGGACAGACACAGACUAGAGAAAGUCUAGACAAACGUCUGACGUGUGAACAUCAGCCUAAAGAGAACAUGAGGAUUAACAUGCAACCUGCUGGAAAAACCUUUACAACCUUUAUCUGCAUUACAGACAAUCUGAAUUUAAGAAUGUAGAAGAAUUGUAAAAUUCUUUGUUAAAGGAACACGCCACUUUUUUUGAAAAUAGGUUCAUUUUCC